AUGUCGGGCAACAAAGCUGUAUCACAGCUAGUACGCCCGUUGCGACAAAGCCUCAGAGUCACGCAAUCUUGUCGAAGAGGUCUACCUUCGACAUGCACCAGAGCACUCUCUUGCAAGCCACUAAGGCAGCCAGGCCAAAAAGAAGUCCAGACCAAGACUCUCUCCAAUGCGUUAUUCCAACAACGAAGAGCUCAAAGCUCUAACGCAACUCCAGCACCAAAGUUCUUCACGGAGGCCAACCCGGGCCGGACAGCACUGUAUGAUCUUCACGUCCAACAUGGCGCCAAGAUGGUGUCUUUUGGUGGCUACGAAAUGCCUGUGCAAUAUUCGGAUCUUUCCGUGGGAGAAAGCCACCACUGGACUCGCGAGAAGGCCUCCCUCUUCGAUGUGGGCCACAUGGUACAGUACCAUGUCGAAGGCCCUGGUGCAGAGGCGUUCCUGGAAUCAAUUACACCCGCCGGACUCAAGGAGAUGAAGGCCGGCACCUCCUCGCUCUCUGCUCUAUUGCAUCCACAGACUGGCGGUAUCAUUGACGACUGCAUUAUCACCCGCCUGGAAGAUGGGCCACAGCAUCGAUUCUACGUUGUGACCAACGCUGGCUGCAGAGACAAAGACUACAAGUUUCUAUCUUCAGCCAUCGAGAACUGGGACAACAUUGUCAACCCAGUCGCAAGCCUACGACAUGUGGAAAGUGAUGGCCAGCCAUACGGUCUCGUGGCGAUCCAGGGACCUUUGUCCUCGGAGAUAUUGCAAUCUGCCUUAGCCAAGGCCUGCAAAGUGGACGUUGGACAGUGGUACUUCGGAAGCAUGCACUACAUCACUCUCGGUCUUCCUUCGGGUGAAAGCCUACCCAUUGUUGCCAGCAGGGGUGGCUACACCGGCGAAGACGGAUUUGAGCUCUCAAUCCACCCAUCACAGACAGUCGCAGUCACCAAGCAUCUCUUAGAAACAGCGACUCCAGAGAAACUUCGCUUCGCAGGCCUUGGCGCACGAGACAGUCUACGACUCGAGGCGGGAAUGUGCUUGUAUGGCCACGAUCUGGACGACACGACAACGCCCGUGGAAGCAGGUCUCGGCUGGAUCAUUGGCAAGUCGAGACGCUCCGGCGAGCUUGCCAGCUUCAAUGGCGCAGAGACUAUUAUCCCGCAGCUCACCCCCAAGUCCAAGGGUGGCGCGGGUGUGUCGCGACGCCGUGUAGGUCUUACGGUCGAAGGUGCUCCAGCACGAGAGGGCGCUGAGAUUGUCGAUGCUGACGGCAAUGUCAUUGGCAAAAUCACCUCUGGAUGCCCAUCACCGACUAUGAAGAAGAACAUCGCGAUGGGCUACAUCAAGGAUGGCAUGCACAAGUCUGGCACCAAGGUUCAGGUUGCGGUCAGGGGCAAGAAGCGUAACGCGGUCGUGACAAAGAUGCCUUUUGUGCCAUCGAAGUAUUACAAGGAAGAGAAGGGUGCUUACAUCGGCUGA